CAGCUACGUGGUGUGUGACGGGUGCAGCAGAUGGCGCUACUGCAAGAAUAUCACCAGCAGGGGCGACCUCUGCAUCUGCGGCAAGAAUCUCGCCUGCCUCGUCCCCGACGGACAUGUCUUCCGUGACGAGGAUGGUGGGUGGCUGGCAGCACAGCCCCAAGGAGGAACCUCGCCCAGGAUCAGCUGGGCAGAUGGCUGGCAGCCAGGAGGUGGUGCAGGCGGGAAAGGGCAAGGAGGCCAACGCCAGCCGCCACCUCACGACAAUACCGUCGAUCUCAAGGCCGCCGCCGCAGCAGCAUACAGCAAGCUCAGCAAGGACGACCCGCUCAGGCAGCACUACGAGGCCCUCUGGCCAGAGCUCGCCGCAGCCAAGCCACCAGCAGAACAACCAGUCGUUGGAUUCAAGGCAGUGGAGGCAGCAGCUCGACGCUUGGACAAACUCCAGAAGAAGGUACGAUCGGCAGGGGAGCAAGUGGAGAGUGCCCAGCAGUACUUGGCUGAGAGUGAACGCAAGCUUCGUGAAGCUAUGGAAGCCUCCAUUGCAGCUGAAGGUGAGUUCGACAAGCUCAAGGCCACAGUCGGCAAGCAAGAGGCACCAGCUGAACCUGCAGUCGAGAAGCCAACUCUGGCAGCCCUCCUGGAGCAGUUCGAGCAUGAGCCUGACGACUUCCACAAGUGGUCCGAGCCCGACAAGGAGGCAAGCGUGUCUGCGCCGCCAGCCCAGCCCCUCAGCGAGGUGCCACCACAGGCGCUGAGGCAGCAGGGUCAGCUGCCGCGGCUGCGCCUAACGGCGCCGCAGCAGCUGCCCAACCAGAAGCAGGUGCAGCAGAACAUGACAAAGCUGAGGAACGCCGAGCCAGAGUGGAGGCCCACAUCCAGGAGGCGCGAGAGAAGGUCUCGCAGGCCAGGCGCGCCGAGACAGUCGUCGACGCAGAAGGGCAAGGUGGCCACUCAGCAGGGUAGCCGCCCCAAGGCGAGCGCGAAGAAGGCUCGCCGCCCUUGCCACAUCGACUUCUUCAAUGUCACGACCUGGGGCCCCCAGGCACAGGGCUACCUCAUGGAGAUCAACGACGCCAAGGACAGGGACAUCAUCGGCAUCGCGGAGCACCACCUCCGCCAGCCAGCGCAGAUAAGCAAGGCGAGAGCGGCGCUCAGGAGGAAUGGCAUGCACAGCUACUGGACCAAGGCACGGCCAGGAGAAGGAGAGGGCACUCGAGGAGGAACGUGUGCCAUCACGCGAGGAUCCUUGGACAUCCAGGACAGGAUCGCGGGUUUCGACGAGCACUACCUGCACGAGGACGGCAGCGACGUCACGGUGGUAAUCUCCAACCUGCGCAAGGUCCGCUUCGCAGUGGCCUUCGUCUACCUCGAGUGCGGGGCGGGCUUUGGAGAGAGGAACGCCAACAUCCUCUGCGACCUGCGGGAGAAGAUGGCCGUCUGGGGAGGUGAGGCCAGGUGCAUCGAUUUCGCGCUGAUCUCGCAGGGCCUGGCGCCGUAUUUUGACCAGCUAGAGCUGCUCAGGACCGUGCCGUGGAAGCCGCGCAUCGGCAUCCGCUUGAAGUUGAAAGGGCGGCCUCUCAUGCUCAAGGGCAGGGUGCUUCGAUGCGACCUGGAAGAGAACGACAUGGAGCCAGUGCCGCAGCUGUACUACGACAAGGAGGUCCAGCACGUCAUCCCUGACGGGCUGUGGCAGGCCACCUCCGAGAGGGUCAGCUUGCGUGCCUACGACGAGUUGCCCCAGCUUUUGCAGCGCACUGUCGUCGGCAAGAUGAUGGAGCGGGACAUGCUGGACCUGGGGCAACAGUACGACCACUUCGCAAGCACCCUCGAGCUCAGCCUGUGCGAGAGCAUCGGCAUCCCAGAGGAAGAGCGAGGACGACAUCUCGGGCACAGCAGGCCCCCGAGCUACAAGAGCGUGAGCAUCAAGGACACCGUCACCUCUACGCCAUGGGCAGGGGUCGAAAGGGAGAUCCAUGCGUGGUGGGCGGAGAUCUCCUCCUUGGUGCGGCAGCUCUCGCACCAUGAUGCCCGAGCGCAGGAGGCAGCGGCAAGUCGACAGGGCAAGACCCAUGCACUUCCCGAGGGGGACUCGGGAGGGGGACAGGGCCCGUUGGAGUCGGAGCUCGGCCCCGUCAUGUCUGGCAGCCAGGUAGGACGCAACACCAUGGACAUCCAAGAUCACGACCCCUUCGAGGAUGAGGAGGACUACUUGGAGUACCGCCAGGAGAUCGCAUACCAGGAAAACAGCGAUGGGUACCACCAGCACAUCGAGGGGCAGCAGGCCAGCCUCGAGUUCAGCCAGACCGUUCGCCGUCGUGCAGCUGGACCUGCUACUCACCCACCAGCAGGACGCAGCACCAUGGACGUCCAAGACCACGACCCCUUCGAGGAGGAGGAGGACUGCUUGCAGUACCGCCAGGAGACCGCAGACCAGGAGGACUGCGAUGGGUACCACCAGCGCAUCGAGGGGCAGCAGGACAGCAUCGGCUACGGCCAGACCGCUCACCCCUGGAAUGAUGACCAACACCAGCGGGAGCGGGAAGACUACGUGGCCAUGAGAGACGACCUGGAGUACUGGGCGGCCAUCUGGAUGGAUAACUUGGUGCAGCUCCCCACGGACAACAGCAACUGGAUGCAGAUCUGUGCGCCGUUCCUGGAGACCAUCUUGGGAGGCGGAGGCAACAAUGGCAUGGUGAGACUGCUCAGGCGUAGGUGCCAGCUGGCCGGCCUCAGCCAUAUCAUCAGGGACCUCUGCGAGCGAGUCCGCACCCACAGUGGCCGCCAGACGCAGCAGCAGAUCAACACAAGACGGCAGCUUGCGCAGCAGCUCAACCAGCCUGACCCAGGCAGGCUGAACGAAGAAGGUGCAGCCAAGGACCAGCAGCAGGCCCUCCUCGCAGACCUGCACGCGAUAGCAGAGGGCGCCCUCGUGGACCCAGGGGCAAUCAGCAGGGUAGCAGAGGAGGUAAAGAGCAUGGCCAAGCUACUCACAAAGGCGGUGAAGAAGGCGUACAUCCACUGGGUGCACGACGCCACGUCAGGCAGUGCGAAGAUGGCCCACGCCUACACCAAGGCAGCGGAGCGCAGCCAUCUGGAGGACAUCCUAGAGCACGAGGGCCAGGUCAUCAACCACCCGCAGCAGCUGGUGGACUUGCGCAAAGAGGCAUGGCAACGCAGGUGGACGCGAGAUGCGCAGAAGGCCGAGAGGACCCAAGAGGCGCUGGCCAAGCUGAGGCAGGCUGCCCUGGCCCAAGAGAAUGCCCUCGAGCCCAUCAGCAAGGACAUCAUAGGCUCCAUCGUCCAGCACCUGAAGCGCAAUGCUGGCCAAGGAGCGGACUGGUGGAGGGCUCCAGAGCUCAAGACCAUGGGCGCCCAGGGGCUGGAAGAUUUCGUGCAGUGCCUGGCCAGCUGUGAGCAAAGGGCAGCUUGGCCGUGGCAAUUCUACUUGGUGCUGGAGCUGCUGCUGGGUAAGAAGCCAGGAAUCGGCGGAGAGCGCCCCAUCGGCCUCAUGCCCAUGCCGUACCGCAUCUGGAGCGCAGCCAGGAGGCCCAUAGUAGCCACCUGGAGCAAGGCAGCGGCGGGCUUCUGGGAUACGGCAGUAGCUGGCUCCUCAGCGCUACGAGUGGCAAUGCACAGACUGAUGAGGGCAGAAGCCGCCACGGAGAUGGGCUUUCAUGCAGCAGGAGUGUUCUACGACGCGGCAAACUUCUACGACAACAUAGGCCUCGACCAGCUGAUCGAGAAGGCCAGUGCCCUCCAGUGCCCGUUGCUGCCGCUGGCAAUGGCCGUGCAGAUGUACCUUGCGCCCAGGGCCAUCAUGGCCCACGGCCUCUUCUCGGACAUCUUCGAGCCUGCCAACAGCAUGGUAGCUGGCUGUGGCCAAGCGGUAGACCUCACCAGACCGCUUUUGUAUGGAAUCCUGGAUGCAGCGCACAGGCACCACAUCUUCGUCGUCAUGCAGCAGUACCUGGACGACUUGGCCCUGCAGGUAGAGGGUGCGCGGCGGCAGGUCAUUGACCAGAUCAAGCACGUGGCAGCGCUGGUGCACGAUGGAUUCAAGCAGCUCGCGAUACCCAUCUCUGUCAAGACGGCAGUGGUGGCCUCGGACAAGGACCUCCAGGCAGAAGUCGCCAGCAUCCUGGACAGCCUGGGCACCCCCAACAAGCAACCAGGUGUAGUGCGCGACCUCGGCGUGGACACCAGCCUUGGCAAGCAGCUGCGGCGACCCACCCAUGCCGCGCGCCAGGCCAAGGCCAAGCAGAGGGUGGCCAAGCUCAGGGACCUAGCGAAGACGGACGCCAGAGGCGCGGCAAAGGUCUAUUCAGCAGGUGCCUACUGCCAGCAGGCUUGGGACUUACCAGCGCACGGCAUCACGCCCACGGAGGCGAAGUUGGUCAGGGCUACGGAGGCAGCGCUCCUCACAGGCGGACACAAGGCAGGACGCUGCACGUCCACCAUCCUCCUGAUCCAGAGGGGUAUGCAAGAGGCAGUAACCCGAGCCAUCGGCGACCAGACCAAGCAGUUCUGGCUCACCGUAGUCGACCACCCGACGGAGCUCAAGAGGUACCAGAGAGGCUGGCUCCUGCUCUACGCCAAGUUGGGCGCCCUGGAACCCAACCGCAGGUGGCAGCAGGUCAAGGGGCCUAUGGCAGGGGUCAUCGCGCAGUUGCUUGGGUUAGGCUGGAUACCGCGACGCCUGGACAGCUGGAUCAGCCCAGCAGGUGACGAGUGGGCCUACAAGCCAGAUGACAUUCCUCACUUCGGCGCGCUCCUGCAUGAAGUCCAUCAGAGCGCGCAGCAGCAGCUCUGGCAGCAGGCAGCUGGCCAUCGCAGUGGAGAAGGACUUCAGGCUGGAGGCGACCUCUAUCAGCUGCAGCGCCACCUGAGGAGGAGGAGGCGUAAAGGGCAGCAUGCAGAGGCAGCCAUGCUGGAGACCAUAGCGGUGGCGGGCAUCUGGACCAGGGAGCGUCGCAGGGCGGCCAACCUCAACCAAGAAGGCGAUGACACCUGCGCGAGAUGCGGCGAGGCGAUAGAGACAGAGGAACACCGCUACUACGCAUGCCCUGCCAACGCAGAGAUAGGGCACAGCAAUGACGCCGACCUGGCGAAGAAGGCGAAGGACGCGCUGGACCAGCGGCAGGACCUGCAUUUCUGGCUCCGAGGCAUCCCGCCAGCGGCCUGGGCAGCCAAGGUCGACCCAGACGAGGACGCGGCGAAGGCGGCGCAGAUCUUCUGCACCAGCGAAGAGGCUCAGGCUGCAGCCCAGUCAGGGCACAAGGUUCGAGCAGACUAUGUCUUCACGGACGGCUCAGGUGGUGCAGGGGAAACGGCCAGGGACCCCCGCCUCAGACGCUGCGGCUGGGCAGUGGUGGCUUUCAGGUUCGACGAACAAGGACGUCCGCAGGAAGUGGCUGCCUGGCACGGCACAAUCAGGGCACCGCGCACGGUGCCACGGGCAGAGCUCACCGCCAUGAGCAAAGCCAUAGGGUACACCACGGCGGCGACAGCCAGGGGGCUCAACAUAGUCAGCGAUUGCAAAUACGCCCUGGACGCACUCAAGCAGAUCCAGGACCCUGAGGAUCUGGACUACAGGAGCACGAACUACGACCUCUGGCUCCAGACGAAGCAGCAGCUGCAGAACAGCACGGACACCAUCAUGGGCCACCACAUCCCGAGCCACCUGAUCGAGCACCCAGCCGAGCUGGAGAGGUGGAAUGGUCCCACCUGGUGGGUCAUAGGAAACGAGAUGGCAGACAAGUACGCAGGCUGGGGAGCGGAGCAUGGAGCACUGGAUCCAGCCAUCAUCGCGCAGCAGCAGAUCAGGGACCAGCUCACCACGGCGGUGCAGAACCGGCUGCUGGCCAUCAACAUGGCGGUGACGGUGGAGGACCCCAACAAGGCCCCUCAGCGUCCCAAGGCCAAGCGGCGAAAGCCGCAGACGGCGAGGGACAGGGCAGCCCAGCAGGGACACGACCUGCGAAAGCUACAUCCGCGAUGGUGGUGUGCAACGUGUCGCAGUGGCCCAGCCAAAGGACAAAGCAUCAGAGACUGGUUGGCAGAGACGGGAACAUGCCUCGGGAAGUACGGCGGCCACCAGGACCAGCACGGCAACGUCAGGCUCGACUUCAAGGCGGUGCAGAUCGGCACGCAGGUGGUGCACGUCUCCCACAAGACGCAGUUCACCCAUGGCUGGCUCUGGUGCGAGAAAUGUGGCGGCACCAGCUACCUUGGGGACCGCAAGAGCAGGAUCGUGGCAGGAGUGGCAAGGAAGCUGGCAAGGCCAUGUCAGCCCCCAACAGCAGCAGGGCGGCGGGUCUUGGAGGACAUGCAGAGGGGCAAGCUGCAAAGAGGAGCUAAGCCAGCAGCAGACCCAGCUGAUGAGGGUCUCGACGAGAUCGCCAUGCCUGGAGACUUCAAGCUCGGCCUGAGCAACCACGAGGCGAUCGAUCUGGACGGGGGCAGCUCAGAGGCAGGGGACCCGCAGCCAGCUCCACAGCAGCCACCCAGCCAUCCGCACUCUGUAGUCCACGCCAGCUGGAGGCUCGUCGACCACAUGGAGGGCUACGCGGAGCAGUGGAUGAACAUGGUCGACCAAGAGGUCUGGGACGAUAUGGACGACUGGAUGGAGCACUGCGUACCGUACCUCCUGGCCAUCACCAAUGUGGGUGGCAGAACGGACACGCAAGAGCAGACCAGGGCCGUCACCGUGCAGGAGCUCCAGCAGAUCAAGGACUUCUGCGAAGAAGUCUGGCGCAACACGCACCGCACGCGAUGGAGGCUCAUGACCAGGAUGCUUACCCUCCCGUAUGGCACAAGGCAGCAGGCAGCAAGAGUGCACAUGGACGCCUUCCAGAACAGAAGGAACAACAUCCUAGCGCACAGCAUCCCCAGCAGCGAGCGCAGGCCGCUGCCGAGAACAGCGGAGGCCAGCCGAGAGUGGUCACCAGAGAACCUGGACGAUGAUGACUCGACCCCAGACAGUGAAGCCCCAGAGCUGGAGGGUGAGCCGAGCAGCCAGGAGAUUGAGACCAUGGCGGGACCUGAUCAGGGGCACGACGCCAACAGCCUGACGCAGACGGCAGUGCAGGUGGCAGUAACGCUGACCAAGCCAGUGGGGCCCGACCUGAUGAAGUUCGUGAGCGAAGCCGACGAGGCCGGCCUGCUCCACCCAAGGUUUCGACACAACAAAGGAGAAGCUGACCAGGACCCCGAGCAGGAGGUGGCGUGGCUCGAGAGGAACAGGCUCGAGCAGCUCAUGCAGUCGCUGGCAGGCUGUUGGAGCCAGAAAGAGGGCGAGCAGGGCUGGCCAUCGUGGCAGGCCGCGUGCGUGCCCCAUGUGCUGAGGGCGCUGCAGACUGGCGUCUACCAUAGGCUUUUCAGCUACGUGUCAGGGGCGAGCCGCCAGCGCAGCCAGCGCCGAGCGGCGGAGGAGAUCUGCCGCCUGGCAUGGCUCAACAGCGGAGAGGCGCGCAGACAGAUCCAGCAGCAGGACCCGAAGGAGGCAGAGCGGCGCAGAGCAACGGCUGAGCAGAUCCUGGGCGUGACUGAGCCAGAGGUGAG